AAAGAUGCCCCCACGGGGAUCCACGCGGUGCCCGAGGCUUCAAUCCCUUUCCCCCGGGAAAGCACGACGCUUUUCCACCCACUGGAUUGCUUCGUUUGGGUUCCAAUUGAAAAAGGCUACUAUAGUGCAGAGUUAAUGUUGCCUUCAGGUGCCCCUAGUAAAACCCAACUACCAACCUGUGCCUUUUUGAAUCAGACUGGAAUGUUAAGCAGCGAAGCAAAGCUGGCCGGCCAUCAGCAGCAGCAUUUGGCGAGGCAGCCUCCGCCCUGGACGGACGAGCUGGCUGACAUGUCCCGGCACAUCUACGGCAGACACGGCCCGGGGGAUGGAGGCAACAAGCCCGCCUUCCAGGUCAAUCGUGGGACGUACUCAAGAAGGAGUCGACUGAAGCGAUCGGACGGCAGCACGACGUCCACCAGCUUCAUCCUCAGACAAGGGUCAGCUGACUCCUACACGAGCCGACCCUCAGACUCGGACGUCUCCCUGGAGGAGGACAAGGAGGGCGGGAGGCAGGAGCGCGAGCAGCAGGCCGCCGUCCAGCUGGAGAGAGCAAAGACCAGAGCGGUGGCCUUCGCCGUGAGGACCAACGUGAGCUUCUGUGGGGCUCUAGACGAGGACGUCCCCGUGGGCGGGACCGCCGUCUCCUUUGAUGCCAAGGACUUCCUCCACAUCAAAGAGAAGUACAACAACGACUGGUGGAUCGGGCGUCUGGUCAAAGAAGGAUGCGACGUGGGCUUCAUUCCCAGUCCUCUCAAGCUGGAGAACAUCCGGGUGCAGCAGGAACACAAGAGAGGACGCGGCGUCCACGGGGGCACCAAGUCCAGCGGGAACCUGUCCUCCAGCCUGGGGGACAUGGUCUCGGGGACCUUCAAGCCCAAUCCCGGCAAUGCAGGGAAACAGAAACAAAAAGUGGCGGAGCACAUCCCCCCGUAUGACGUGGUGCCCUCCAUGAGGCCCGUGGUCCUGGUGGGCCCGUCCCUGAAAGGAUACGAGGUGACGGACAUGAUGCAGAAGGCGCUGUUCGACUUCCUGAAGCACCGGUUUGACGGCAGGAUCUCCAUCACCAGGGUAACGGCGGAUAUAUCGUUGGCCAAGAGGUCAGUACUGAACAACCCCAGUAAGCGGGCCAUCAUUGAGAGGUCCAACGCCCGCUCCAGCCUUGCGGAGGUGCAGAGUGAAAUAGAGCGCAUCUUUGAGCUGGCCCGCUCCUUACAGCUGGUGGUUCUGGACGCCGACACCAUCAACCACCCGGCCCAGCUCCUAAAGACCUCCUUAGCGCCCAUCAUUAUCCACGUCAAAGUGUCCUCGCCUAAGGUCCUCCAGCGUCUGAUCAAGUCUCGAGGCAAAUCGCAGAGCAAACACCUGAACGUACAGCUUGUGGCGGCCGAGAAGCUUUCCCAGUGCCCGUCUGAGAUGUUUGACAUCAUCCUGGACGAGAACCAGCUGGAGGACGCCUGUGAGCACCUGGCUGAGUACUUGGAGGCGUACUGGCGGGCCACGCACGCCUCGCUGGGGGCGCCGCUCAACCCCCUGCUGGGACGCAAUCUUGGCUCCACUGCGCUCUCCCCAUAUCCCGCCGCCAUCCAGGCGCAAAGGAACCGGAACAGCAACCACACCACUCUAGAACUUUCCCCCGUGGAGCGUCGCAGCCUCAUGCCGGCAGACGAGAACUUCCACAACGAGCGGACGAGGAAGAAUCGCAACCGCUUGUCAUCAAACUCACAGCACAGCCGGGACCACUCGCCUUUGAUGGAGGAAGACCCCUACCAGGACUCUUACAAGCCUCACCGGAAGCGAGACUCCAGACGCAGACUCUGAUUCUGGUUCUACUACUGCUACACUGACUUGGACUCGAGCAACGGCUCGUGUUCCCUCCAUGACAGUAAAAGAGGCCUGCAAACACUCCAAAAAAACAAAGACUUGGACCUUCCCAUCCAAUGGCAGGAAGGAGACCAGAACCAGGCAGCAUUUUAAGUACUGCAGAAAAGGAAGUUAAAAAACCCAAACAAACAAGAAACUCUCCCAAUGCUCAGAAUUAUGACUUUAUAAUAAGUUUUCUUGAUGUCUUAUAUGCUAUGUUCUAUUUAACGUUAUUAUAUCUACUAUAUUGGCUAAUAGGUGACAGGGGACAUUAUUGCCCCUAGCCGACCGGGAACUUAGCCCAGGGUUGUGUUCGAAACCGCAUACUUACCUACUACUCAUACUAACUUUUUGAGUAUGCGAUUUUUGAGUAUGCGAAAUACCCAAAUUACCCAGAAUGCAAUGCAACGUGACGUCACCGCGACAAGAUCAGUCCAAACGGCGGUGUCAAGCAGGAUAUAUUGCAAGUUGGUUCGCUUUUUGUUUUCAAAGUAAAAGCAGUGAUUUAUCACUAUGUUUUUUUUGUAUGAGAAAAAGUAAGGGGGUGUUUUAUUUUGUGAAAAUACCCGGAAGUACGUUGCUCACUUCCGCUAGCUUAAAUUGUGCAGAAUUCGUCAGAAUGAAAUUGUAAACGGUUGGUAUUUGGACAAAUAAAUGGCACACUCGGGAUCUUUAAAUCUAUUUAAAGAGUUUAGGACUAAAAUGAAAUCAGCUACAGCCUGUUGAUUUUGGCUCGGGUAGGACCGCAAUGCAUUGUGGGUGAUCAUGUUGUAUGCUGUAGUGUAAACACUUUGCAUACUGAUGGAAUGGGUAUGUAGUAUGGACUAUGGAUGGCCAUGGAAGUAUGUAGUACUUACUAUGCGGUUUCGAACACAAUAAGUUAAGUCUUAGACUAAACAAGUGGCCAGUACGGGGAUCGAACCCGCGACCUUGGCGUUAUUAGCACCACGCUCUAACCAACUGAGCUAACCGGCCAGUAUGCUCAGUCAUGGUGCGCUUCAAUGGCAGGAACGAGUCCAAAACCAGAUUGCUUUUGGGAAAAAAUGACAAAUAAAACAAGGAACUGUGACAUUAUAUUAUGUCUUACUUAUAUUUUCUCUUAUUAUGUUUACUGCUUUAAGUAAUAGAAGUGUAAAGGUGACAACAGGGGUGUUGUUUCAUGUGUAGAGGACUCUAAUAAUCUUAAAAACUAAAAAUUUAGAAGGUCGUAAACAGGCUCCAAUGCUCGGACUUCAUGGAAAGUAAUGUGUCAUGAUCUGGCUGGAACCAAUCAACGUUGAUCAAGAAGGGAUUACUGGUAUUGCCUACUGUGAACACAAACCAUGCCUUGCUUUAGGGGUACCGAAAAGCUAUAAAGUCAUGGCCCGUACGGGGAUCGAACCCGCGACCUUGGCGUUAUUAGCACCACGCUCUAACCAACUGAGCUAACCGGCCUACAAACGUGAGUGGUUGCACGCAUGAAAGAAGAAACUGGACUGAACCAGACCUGCAAACACCCAAAGUACUCAAUUCCCCAAAUGUUUUUUUUUCUUUAUGUACGUUGCAUAAAGGAUCACAAAGUGA